GAGAGAGAAAGAGAGAGAGAGAAAGAGAGAAGGGAGCAAAGAAUAAAGCAGGAGACAGUCGUACAAGACAAGUUUAGAGGAAACACCUGGAACGAGAGAUUUGGGAGGUGACACUGUCACAUAAGAGAGGACAAACCUCACCCUUCUUUCAUCCGAGUCUUCCUGUUGUGGAGGAUGAGUGCUGUUUUUGCUAAACUGGACCCCAGGAGAAUUGAGUGGGAGUCGUCCUGGUAUGGACUCCACUCACGAAUCCUGCGCACUAAACCUGUGGACUCCAUGCAGGAGGGCCCAGAUGACUUGCAUGGCACCAGACUUGCCCGUGUGCUCACUACAGUGGAUCUGGUGUCACUCGGGGUGGGCAGCUGCGUGGGCACUGGCAUGUAUGUGGUUGCUGGGCUUGUUGCUAAGGAAAUGGCAGGACCUGGAGUGAUCUUGUCCUUCAUCAUUGCAGCUUUGGCGUCCAUUCUGUCAGGGGUCUGCUAUGCCGAAUUUGGAGUGAGAGUGCCUAAAACAACAGGCUCUGCCUACACGUACAGUUAUGUCACAGUGGGAGAAUUUGUGGCCUUUUUCAUUGGCUGGAAUCUCAUUUUGGAGUAUCUGAUUGGUACAGCAGCAGGGGCCAGUGCACUGAGCAGCAUGUUUGACUCUUUAGCCAAUCACACCAUCAGCCGCUACAUGAUCAACCAUCUUGGAACGUUGAAUGGCCUGGGUAAAGGAGAGGAAUCUUAUCCAGACCUGCUAGCUUUACUGAUCGCUAUGGUGGUGACGGUGAUUGUGGGUUUAGGGGUGAAAAACUCUGUGAGCUUCAAUAAUGUGCUGAAUGUUAUUAACUUGAUCGUGUGGGUCUUCAUGGUGAUUGCCGGACUGUUUUUCCUUUCUGGAGCCAACUGGGAGGAUGGGAGGUUUCUGCCCUAUGGCUGGUCAGGGGUCAUGCAAGGAGCUGCAACCUGUUUCUACGCCUUCAUUGGCUUUGAUAUUAUCGCCACCACAGGAGAAGAGGCCAAGAGUCCGGACACUUCCAUUCCAUAUGCCAUAACAGCCUCUCUCAUCACCUGCCUCACGGCAUACGUCUCUGUGAGUGUGAUUCUGACAUUGUUAGUGCCAUUUAACCUGAUUGAUGGAGAUGCCCCGCUCAUGGAAAUGUUUGCCGAUCAUGGCUUCCUGGCAGGGAAGUAUAUUGUAGCCAUGGGUGCUGUUGCAGGACUCACUGUCAGCCUGCUGGGAUCUCUGUUCCCAAUGCCCAGAGUCAUCUACGCCAUGGCGGGAGAUGGUCUGCUCUUCAGGUUCCUGUCCUUUGUGAGUCCCCACACAGAGACCCCCAUGGUGGCCUGUGCUGUAUCUGGGUCUCUGGCUGCUCUGUUGGCUCUCCUGGUGAGUCUGAGAGACCUGAUUGAGAUGAUGUCCAUCGGCACGCUGCUGGCCUACACGCUGGUGUCAGUGUGUGUGCUGCUUCUGCGAUAUCAGCCCGAUAGAGAUGGCUUCACCAGUUUCCUCACAGAGGAGGAAGAGGAAGAACGGAAGAGGAAAGAGGAAAUGAUGGCAGCUAGUGAGAAGUACAUGAACUCACCUUGUGGAGAAGGGUAUGCCGACAACCCCUGUGGGGCCAAGAACCUUCCCUCCAAAGGAGACGAUGAAACGCUGAUCGAAAAGUCAGAUUCUGGGGGGUACCAGUCGGACAGUUCUGGCUUCGGCGUUGGAGAGAAUGGCAUCGAGGCGGACGACUCCGAUAGUCUCUUGAAACGCGUAUUGGGGUCUCAGUAUUACACUAUACGGAUGCGAUUGGGCCUGCCGAACGUGGGCGAUAAGCCCACUCCUGCAACAGGACGUACUGUUACUUCCUGCGUCCUCCUUUUCUUCAUCUUGACCUUCUUUCUAUGGACGCUCGUCAUCUAUGGCUUCGAACGAGUUUCAGGAGGAGCCCGCUGGGCAAUAUUGCCUUUUAUAAUGACUAUAAUUAUCCUCAUGGUUACUUUGGUUGUUAUUAUUCUUCGGCAACCUGAGAACCCUAAAAAGCUGCCUUACAUGGCGCCCUGUGUGCCCUUUGUGCCCAUAGCUGCCAUGCUGGUGAACAUUUACCUCAUGCUCAAACUAUCCAGCAUCACCUGGGUGCGCUUUGUGGUGUGGUGCUCACUAGGUGUGCUGAUCUAUUUUAGCUAUGGGAUGUGGAACAGCUCCCUGGAACUCAGCGCUAGAGAGGAAGCGGCUCAUGCCAGCUCUUACCAGAGGUAUGACACAGAGGUCGAUGACAGCUUCAAUGUUGAUGAAGAGCUCCCUCCUCAUGAGGAUGAAGAGGAGGGACAGUACCAGGGCUGGGCGGCUGAGGAACGUGGCUAUCAUUACCAGCAGCAUGAUGAACAGAGACCAUCCAACAGUAACAAUUACAGAAGCAAAGGCAGGACCAAUAAAGGCUUUGAGGAGCUGGUCAAUGAAGAGUAUUCACCGGAGUGAGCAAUAUAGACUAAACUGUUGUUGCAAUAGAGGUUGGAUUUGGGUGACCAUGAUUUUUCCAAACAGAAUAUGUUCCUGGAUCAAAAUGUAAAUAAGUAUAACAUGACAAAAUAAAUGUAAAAAAUAUUUUUGUCCAAAAAGACAAAACUAAUGCUAAACAAGUGAUGCUGGUGUAAAACAACUCAUGAAACUGGUUGGGUAGUUAAACGGUUAGGGUUAGUACCCUGAUAUUGUAAUCCAGGAACACAUUCUACUUGACAAAAUCAGUCACUGAUGGAUUUUCUAGGAUUGAUAGUGUUGUUAAUCAUGUCUCACUAGUUUUUGAGUGUAUUUCUUUGUGAAAAAUAUUUGUUUUUAAACAGGUUGUUAAAUGCAUUUGCACCUUGUGAUAGAUAAGUGACUUAUCUAGAGGGAUGUUUAGACCAGUUUUUUGAGGCUUCAUAAGUGCCUUUAAAUAACCCCUUCUUAAUGUUAUACUUCUAAAAUUAAAUAUAAUGUCUUUUCCGAUGUGAGCUGCCGUUUCAGUGUUGGAUUUAAAUUCGUACAGUACUCUUUUACUUUGAGAUAUUACUUGCUCUCCAUAUAAAAAAUCUCUUUAAAGCAAAAACCAAUGCAAGUUGUUACUACAUGAGCAGAAACCCUCCUAAAGAUGCAUUGAGUGGACUUUUCACCUUACAUCAUCUUCACAGCUGUGUUUGAUCUAAAAUCUCAAGCACUCCCUUGAAUUUCAAGGGGAAAUAUUAUGAUUGGCUCCCUGUGAAAGCUUAAUAGUUCUCAAAAUAUUUUGCGACAUCGAUAUCAAAUUCUUUCUAUGUUGGUUUGUAGAAAUGUCUUGCUCUUGUGGUUUCACCCUUGUUUAGGUUUGCACAGGGAUAUUUACAUUUCUUCCCUACAGCUAUGUGUGUAAAAUCAUUCUGAUUCAGAACACAUGUAUAUACACAGAGAUCAAGAGUUAAAUGAUUGAGGAGAAUAUACAAAUAUAUUUAAAAUGAAAUAUUAAAAAAUAUAUUUUACAAGCACAAA